AUGAAUAAGUUCAUUUGUAGCAGUAUUUUGCCACUUUUAAUGCUUUCGGGCAUGUUCAUUGUGGAAGCAGCUCCAUGGGGGUCUCAGAUCACAUGCCUCCCUGGCUUCAAUGGCACUUUCCCCUCCAAACACUACUCUGGGUAUGUGACCAUUCAAGGGAAUCCUACGAAAUAUCUUUUCUACUAUUUUGUUGUGUCAGAGCAGAAUCCACGUAAAGAUCCUCUUGUUCUGUGGCUUAACGGAGGACCUGGUUGUUCCAGUUUCGAUGGGUUUGUUUAUGAACAUGGACCAUUCAACUUCGAAGAUGGAAAGGCUGGAGGCAGCCUGCCUUCAUUACAACUCAAUCCGUACAGUUGGUCUAAGGUUUCCAGCAUUAUUUAUUUGGAUUCUCCCGCUGGUGUCGGCUUCUCCUACGCGACAAAUGAAAGAGCUUACGCUACUGGAGAUUCGCAGACAGCUCUAGACACACACGUGUUUCUCCUUGAGUGGCUCAAGCAAUUCCCAGAGUUCCAAGCAAAUCCAUUUUAUAUAGCAGGAGAGUCUUAUGCAGGAAUUUACGUGCCAACUCUCGCUUCUGAAGUAGUGAAAGGAAAUCAAAUUGGUGCAAAGCCUACCAUCAAUUUGAAGGGUUACAUCGUAGGAAAUGGAGUUACAGAUAACUAUUUUGAUGGCAAUGCUCUUAUCCCCUUUGCACAUGGGAUGGGCCUCAUUUCAGAUGCUAUUUUCAAGGAUGCUACUGAUGCUUGCAGAGCAAACUACAAUGACAAUAAGAGGAGUUGCCAGAAACAAGUAAAAAGAGUUGAUGAUAUUCUUGACGGAUUAAACAUCUACAACAUCCUUGAACCUUGCUACCAUGACCCAGAUGCAGAUACAAAUUCAAGCUUACCAUUAAGCUUUAAGCGGCUAGGGAUAACUACUAGGCCUCUUAAAGUGAGAAAAAGAAUGUUUGGUCGUGCAUGGCCUCUUCGAGCACUAGUACCACGCGGCAUUGUCACACUGUGGCCUCAGCUAGCUAGCAACCACGAUGUCGAAGUUCCGUGCAUAAAUGAUGAGAUUGCUACCAAAUGGUUGAAUAAUGCAGGAGUCAAGAGAGCAAUCCAUGCAAAGGAUAACAUACAUUGGAUGUUAUGCACGGAUAAAUUAACUUACAUCCAUGACAUUGAAAGUAUGAUUCCUUACCAUAAAAACCUCACCACCAAAGGAUAUAAAGCUCUUAUAUUCAGUGGUGACCAUGAUAUGUGUGUGCCCUUUACGGGAACUCAAGCAUGGACUGAAUCACUUGGAUUCAAGGUUGUGGAUCAAUGGAGAUCAUGGCUGUCAAAUAAGCAAGUUGCAGGUUAUACGCAAGGAUAUGACCACAACCUUACCUUUCUUACUAUCAAGGGGGCAGGGCAUACGGUUCCAGAGUACAAGCCACGUGAGGCAUUGGACUUCUAUAGUCGUUGGCUAAACGGAACUCCAAUUUAA